CCGGUUCCCGAACGGCAAAUCGAAGUGGCCUCGCUCGCUGCCGCUGGCUCCCAUGCACAAAGGGGGGUGUUGUGUUCUUCGCAUUGUUUACAUGCGGAAUCGGAGGCACCACUCUGGCAUGCGUGCGCGUGUGAGAGCGGCGGCUGUGGGUGCUGCUGUUGCUGUCGCGUCUCCUGCUGGCGAAGCAGCGGCGACGCCGCGCUCCCCGGCGAUUGAGGAAAACAUGUCCUAGACGCGGCGCCGACGACGACGACAAUGAGCGCCGUGCUGGAGCCGCCGGCUACGAGCCCGACUCGCCUUCGGGCCCCGUGCGCGCAGCACGUCGUCGACAACGAGUGCUACAUCGUCGACCCCGAGACCCGCGUCACGUACCGCAAGGGAAAGCUGCUCGGAAAGGGUGGCUUCGCACGUGUACACGAGCUUGUGGAUGUCAGGACACAGCAGGUUUAUGCAGGGAAGAUCAUCCCUCGAUGCCAAGUUAGUCGGCCUGGCCAAAAAGAGAAGAUUCUCCGAGAGAUUGACCUUCACAGACCUUUGAUCAACAAGCAUGUAGUACGACUGCAUGACUUUUUUGGAGAUGCGGAGAACAUCUACAUCAUCCUUGAGUACUGCCCAAGAAAGUCGCUAGUACACCUGCUCAAGCAGCGUGGCGGGCAGCUUCCCGAGGCUGAGGUUGCCGUGCUGAUGCGUCAGCUGGCUGAUGGGGUCCGCUACACUCACAGCCAGGGUGUUGUACACCGUGACCUCAAGCUGGGCAACAUGCUGCUCGACGAGAACAUGGAGCUCAAGAUUGCCGACUUUGGCUUGGCUGCGCGGGUCGCUGACGAGCCACCGAGGCAGGCUGUCUGUGGAACUCCAAACUACCUGGCACCGGAGGUCCUUCGCAUGGAAGGGCACGGUUUUGCAGCUGAUGUCUGGGCCAUGGGCUGCAUCAUGUAUGCUCUCUUGGUUGGCCGGCCACCCUUCGAGACGUCAACACUAACGGAGACUUACCAGAGGAUUCUUCGUGGUGCAUACACAUUGCCGCCUGGACUCUCGGACGUGGGUCGUAGUCUACUGGUGUCAUUGCUCCAGCCGGAACCUCAGGAGCGUCCAAGUCUGAACGAGGUGCUGGAGCAUCCGUUCCUGAGGCCGCCUCGCGAGCAGUCCGGGCAGCUGAUGGGGAUGCUUUCACGGCUACGGAUCGAGCAAUCUGGGGCGAAUGCAAGCCACUCCACGACGCGGACGUCUGGCCACAGCAGCGUACAGGGUUCAGCACGCGACUCCCCCGUGCCCCUCAGUGACUGUGGCCUCUUGGGAACGCUUGGCCGCGUUCUUUGCCCAGACAAACGGAGUUCCAAACUUGGCACCACUCAACUCUUGCAAAGGCUACUGCAGGCUUGCUUAGACGAAAUGCCCGUCUCCAAUUGUGGUGUGCCACCUCCGUGGGCGGGUUCAGCGCUGCUCGUGACCAAGUGGAUUGACUACUCCAACAAGUUUGGCUUUGGCUUCCAGCUGUCCGAUCGUACGGUCGGCGUUCUCUUCAACGACGCCACACACCUGAGCUUCUCAGCGGACCGCCUGCGUCUUGAGUACCGAGACAGCCAUGGAUCAAUGGAGACCCAUUCUCCGUCUAACCUGCCAGCUGGUCUGCAAGAGAAGUACGGCUUGCUCAAGUAUUUCGCUCACUACAUGGAAGAAAACCUGACCGAGGGUGGAGAUGUGCCGAAAGGUUCUGGCCGCAAGAAGAAACCCCUUGUGUACCUCCAGCGCUGGAUGCGCACAGAUCGGGCUGUUGUCAUGCAGCUGAGCUGCUCCAUGCUUCAGGUCAACUUCUUUGGGGAUCACACGAAGCUGGUGCUGAGCGCCGAGCGACCGGAGCGUCCCCUGGUCCUGUAUGUUGAUGAGCGGCGGCGCACGGCGGCCUACACACUGGCCGCCAUCGCCCGCUUUGGCUGCGACGAGGCCCUCCAGGAGAGGCUACGCUUCGCUCUGGGUGCUCUGCAGGAGUUUGCCGAGCUGGAACAGCGUGACCCUCGCCGGAAUGCCUGAUUCCAUCAAAGUGAAAACACGGGAUAGUUAGUGGAAUCUUUUCACAAAUGACCGGCGCACCACAUCAAAGACUGAAGAAAGUGGAUGCAGGUGUGAGUGCUGCGUCUGCGUGUACGCUCUUCUGCCUUUGUAGUGGUGUGCUCUCAAUUUGUCACCUGAUCAGUAGCGUGCCUUUCAGCAAUUAGUCAGAAAGCGCUUCUGUUGGCUAGGUGUUUUCAAAACCAGCCCUCCCGCACCCCUCCCCCCCCCCCUCACUGUAGCAGUAUCGCGAGUCUGGUGCUUUCACGAUGGUUCCCGUUCACCACGUCAGGGUUGUGCAAAAGUUUCACCCAAAGCGACGAGUUUGUCGGUGGUGUAUUCAGCCAGCACCUACUUCAUCAAUGGUGUCCCACAGGCCACGAAUUAUUGCCAUCAUUUCCAGUGUGCUCGAAGCAACGGUUCCAGAAACAAGCUGUUGAUACAGCAUUGCAAGCGUUGCUUUCAAUUUUUAUUCUUGACGUUAAAAAGGGUGCAUGCUUGUAAAUUUGUGCACAUGACAGCUUGAAGGAUGCAACUUGUGAAAGACUUGCGAAGGUGCCUUACCAGAAAGCACUUGUCUGUAGCCGUGCGCUUCAAAGCCAGUCCACGGUGCUGAAAGGCCACGACACAAGUUCAUUGCAUGCACACCAGUUCGCUCAUGUUAUUGAGCUCAGGGCAAAUCUUUAGUCAAAGGAGCAAGGGGGCCGUCGAUUGGUCGUCAGCUUUAUGGCAUCACUGUCUUUUCCUGCAUAAUGGGAAGAAAUGACUCCAGAAGCAGCAGACUGAAGUUAUGGAUCAUUGCUACUGAGGAAAAAAACCAAAGGCACUCCAUCUUGAGACGCUAAUGCAUGCUAAGCACACUCUUUCUUUUCCUUUUUUUUAAAUUCUUGCUUGUAGGGCAAGAGGCUUGGCUGCAUGUGGAUUCGUGUGAGCCACUUUUCCACUUGAUGUAGCUGAGGUCUGCUGUGAAGCAAACGCUUUGUUUCAAGUACCGGUUUUUUGCUGGCUACAUUGGAACCCUGUCCGGUUCUUGCCUGUGCUGGCAUUCCUCUCAUUGUGACACAAGCUUCAUCAGUGGGAUGCAGUUUAAUUCUCACUUCCAUUUGUGUGGUCUUCAGUUUGUGGCUUGUAUAACAUGUGCCAGACGUACAAUAGAGUCUGUGGCUGGGAUGAUGAAAUAAUUCUAUUGCAAUUCCAACUGAUUGUCUGAACGGCGCUCCACCAGUGGCAUCGCUGUUUAAGUUGGCUGGUCGUGAGAAGGAAAUGAUCUUAAAGAAACAGAAUCAAGUGAAAGGUAUCUUUAUACAUAAUACUUGCCUGCAUCUGUAUGGUAAUCACUUUUUGAGGUAGCAGAGCCACAGCAAGGUAAUAGAACUACAGAAGCAGGUACAGCUACUGCACUGGCAUGUGCUGUGUGUUUCCAUUUGGCAGCUGUGUUUGCCAACUCUGCUGUGUACUUUUUCUUGGGCCAAAGCAACUGUGCCUAUUGCACUAUCUGCUGCUUCUUGUCAUUUAUUGCUAUGCGAAGUAAAAACCUCAAAACUGUUAACUUCCCUCUGUGUUGAUUUAGUUUUGAUCACUCUAUGCUGCAUCCUUUCAUACAAUGCCAUUCAGUCAUAACUGCAAAGAAGCAUUCUUCACUGAUCUUAACAGUUAAGCACAUUUAAAAAAGCAGCAUGUGUGAGUCACAACUGGUGGCUAUGAUGCGCUGAGGCAUCUAUUAACAGUUACGAGGUCUUUACAGGUAACAGCAGCAGCUAAGAAGGGAAGAUGUGAAAAAUGGUGUGCCAUUGUAAUGGAAGUAUGGUUUGUCAUCACCUGUGCUAAAAAUUUGCAAAAUGUCUAUUGUAAACUGAGCAGCGGCUGUCUUUUUGUAUGUGCAUACUGUUGUUUACAAAUUGCAUUUUAAAGUGCCAAUUAAGUGAUGUCAAUUUGCUUUGAUAUGUCAAGUUUGAUAUUUCAUGACGUGCAAUAUUUUUUUGCCCCCCAAAAUUGGGUGUGAAGGCCCUAUUACACAGACUGUAGGCACCUUCAGUUUCAAAGGUCAUCAAGUUUUGCUUCGAAAAGGGAAGGGAAAACUAUAGACUGCUUGAUAAAGUUCCCGUGCAUGAAUGGCUUGACUGUCUGUGUGAGCGUAAUUCAACAAUGAUGAAUGGCAGGGAGGGGGAAUGAUAAUUUAUUUACUAUGUUCUCAAGCGCGAGAUAACCAUGUUGCCAAUACCAUUUCGUUGUAGCAAUGUAGGCAAGGUCUGGGAACUGAAAAAAAAAAAAAAAAUGGCUUCAACCAAAGGGUAUACCCACGUUUGCCAUGCAACUCCGUAAAGAAGGAAUCCCAUCCAAGCUUGUCAUCUUUGCAUUGUCUCAGCAUGGUUGUCUAAUGCUCAUGGAGCGACUUCUGCUGUAUGCUCGCUCAUCUGCCCAAGUGCUGAAAUUUCCACAAAUGCUGAGCACUGUGGUAAUGCUCUCAAUCUAGAGUGUUGUGACACUCGUGGAUUGUAAAAGAAAAAAAAAGUUCUCACUGUUAUCUAAAAAAAAUUCUAUUUACUUUUCGUACGACGUGAUUUUACGCAGCAUGACCUCAUCUUUACAUAGCGUAUGCUCAUCUGCCCUAGUGCUGAAAUUUUCACAAAUGCCGAGCACUGUGGUAACGCUCUCAAUCUAGAGUGCUUUGGCACUCAUGGAUUGUGAAAAAAAGUUCUCACUGUUAUCUAAAAAAAUGCUGUUUAAUUUUCGUAUGACAUGUAGGACCAGUAGCCCUAACAAUACUUACUUUUUAUACUUCUUUUUUACACAAGUUUUUUACACUAAAAUUCACUAAAGAAAAAAAAGUUAAAAAAAAAUGUCCUACGCACAUUUCUCAUCACAGCAUCUGCAUAAUUCAAAAGCAUAAUAUUUCUGCAUGAGUGAACAUUGCCAUUUACUUGUUACUUUAGGCAAUCAAGAUGUGAAACUUUCAUUCCAACAAUCUGCACUGUACAUCAGGAGUUCACAGGUUAACAAGGUUCAGAUGGUAGCAUGGCACGUCUUGUUUCAAUGUGUGAGCAGAGCUAGUCCCUAUUGAAAUAAUUUUAUAUGCAGUCUCUUAACUUCGUAUUGUCUGUGUUAAAUUUGCAGAAACGAAGCUGACUCCGUGUCAGUCCCAUGCAAUCUUUUAUGAAAAUGGAGAUUUUCGCCUGAAUUUAUCAAAAGUGGUUGUUUUGCUGGACUACAAAGACUGAGCUGGUAACCACAACACGGGUGGCGACGCCUGGUGGCAUUGUGUUGAAACCAAAAUGUACUGAAACUUGUUUCCCAUCACUUCACAUUGGGAAAAGGUACAAGUAUUGAGAAGUGAAUGUUGCUGUGGAAAGGCUCACACCAGCAAUUAAAAGAACACUGUAGUCAUAGACUGGUUUCCACAGCAGUAGGUGCAUCAGAUCGUCAAGUAUCUUAGUUCGUAACAGCUUCAAAAAAGUGAAGUCAUGUAAUGAAUGGUGAGAAACAGUUUAUUACACAGCUUUCUUUUUCUUUGGAUUGUGCGAAGAAAAAAGUGCAGAACUGCGAGACUGCAUUUGAAAUAUUUUGACAGGGAUGAGUCAUCAUUUACAUGUUUCAGAGCAAAGGUCGUUCGGCUCGUCAUUCCCUAACAUUUCUUCCUUGAAGGACACGUGCAACAUGUCUCAGAAAGGCCGCCGAUUGUGGUGUAGCCCGUUCUGGCCUAGUCAUGUCAUGGGCAUGCCUGGCGGAUGUGUUGCCAAAGAAGCCCUUCCUCUCAGCGUUCAUUUUGUCCGUUUGCCUUUGCACCCGCUGUUUUGACUGCCCAGAGAAACUUUGGGCAUUGUUCCUACAAGUUUCCAUCUCCUGCUUUGAGGGAGAAGGCAGCAUCAACUCCAAAGGACGUUGUCCAAAGAGCCACCCGUGGUUUGCCCCACAGUCAGUUGGCUACGCAGGUCGGUGUCUCUCCUCCAGUGUGUGCGUGUAAGGUCCAGCUAGUGAAUCUUCCCUAAGAUGGUGACAAGGAUCUCGGGCAUUGUGACACAUGGCUCCUUACUUUCUUGUACAACGUGGAACCAGCAGGUGGAACCGGCUCCAAAGGACAUUAUCCAAAGAGCCUGUGCUUUGCCAUAUGAUUGGCUGGCUACUCAUGUGGGCACCAGUUUUCCUGUGCACACGUAUCCCAAAAAAUCUGGUUUUGUUGCAUGCCAGCUGAACCAAAAUAAGCAAAUCUGGGGCGGUAUCCUCGAGCAAUCGCUUUCGGGGAUACGAUCACAUUGGUGAAAUUUUGCGCGAUUAGACACAGAACGCUGUCCAUCGUAUACUUUGACAAGUCUGGUGCCAAGUCGCUCGUAAUCUUGCGAAAGUGAUGAUAUCCCCAAAAGUGAUGAUAUCCCCGAAAGAGAUCGCUCGAGAAUACCACUCCUGGUCAAGCAGUCUAGUACCCGCAUCACACGAAAACGUUCAAUGACCACUGAAGCCAUCUGUGAUUGUUGAAAUCCAUGAGCCCCAUCGGCUCCAUUGUGCAAGCUAGCAUGAUAAAACGAAUGGAACUUGCAAAUUUCACGUCAUUGGUUGCAGUUGUCAUUGAAGGCACUCAAUCACUGGAGAAACCAUUGGACACCACGAUGGGUAUACACAGGUUUAGUGUAGGUCUCCACGAUGGCAGUCAAACUCGUUGCACAGCACAUGCUUUGUUGCACGCGCAUGUGGUUUUUUUUCUUCUGCUUUUUUGUGCAUGUUGGCUGCGGUCAAGGAAGGGCAUUAUGAUAACCCAGCACUGCAUCUCGACCUUGGGUCACCUUGUUGCGCACUACUGGGAUGGCUUGUGUUAGACCUAGUUGUUGCAACAUACUUGCAUAGUACAUACUUGGAGAUGUUUGCAUCUACACUCCUGUCUGCAUCCCAUUUUGCGUUGGGAUCCUGUUUAUGAUCAUUUAUGCUAAGUAGCCUAAUACAUUUCAGAGGCCACUGCCAUUUUGUUUUGUUUUUUACCUCUUUUGUAUGCUGGUGUUGACAUUUUGUUGAGACCGUUCUCCAGUUGGCAUUCUCAAUUUCCCGUUUCUCCUCGGUCUCUCAUUCCUACUUUUUUCUUCUUGCGUAAAUACUCUGUGGUCCUCGCCAAGUUCCUGCACUUUUUGCAGGAACUGUUUCUGACGGACAAAAUAAUCAUUGGUGACUUUUCACUCGCCAGCAAGCUAGCUGGCGUUGUCUGCAUUGCAAACUGCAGAAGGUCUUCCACCUUUUUUCUACUGGAGAUUCCGGCUCCAGGUCAACCUGUUGUAUUACUGGCGUGACGUUCCUUUAUUUUGCUUGUGUUUGUAUCGUCACAAACUCUUCUUGUGUUUUGUUUCUAAUGUCUUACUACAUACAAUAAAGCCAGUAUAUUUUUCGCACAA